AUGAGUUUGGCAAAGACGGCUGCGCAAGCGGCAAAGCGCGUGAUCGCGGCGUCCAAACCAACAAAGAUCAACGGACGCUGGCGCCAGCCUGAACUCUCCGGCCGAUCGCUCGCCAAAGCACGAAAGGAGUGGGAAGCAACAUUCACAGAACCCUGGCCUCUGCAAAAGGAGCGUGGGCAACCGAACCAAAAGCCAAAGGGCCACAAGCACGAACGACUCAAAGCAGAACGGUGA